GGCUGUCCGACACGAUACAAGUGUCAGCUUGUGUUGGCCGAUUGCCUCUUUCUUGCAAGAAAAGAAAGCAUCGUCACAGACUCACCUUGUUCUCAGCAACGAUCCCCUUCAUUAGAAAAGAGUGGCUUUCGGCUGGCGAUUCCUUCAGGCAGCGCCGCGGGCAGCCUGCAGACCCUUGUGAGGCGCGCCCCGAGGCCCCUCCUCUUUCCUUUCGGCCGGAACCGCCAUCUUCCAGUAAUUCGCCAAAAUGACGAACACAAAGGGAAAGAGGAGAGGCACCCGAUAUAUGUUUUCUAGGCCUUUUAGAAAACAUGGAGUUGUUCCUUUGGCCACAUACAUGCGAAUCUACAAGAAAGGUGAUAUUGUAGACAUCAAGGGAAUGGGAACUGUUCAAAAAGGAAUGCCCCACAAAUGUUAUCAUGGUAAAACUGGAAGAGUCUACAAUGUUACCCAGCAUGCUGUUGGCAUUGUUGUAAACAAACAGGUUAAGGGCAAGAUUCUUGCCAAGAGAAUUAAUGUGCGUAUUGAGCAUAUUAAGCACUCUAAAAGCCGAGACAGUUUCCUCAAACGCGUGAAGGAAAAUGAUCAGAAAAAGAAGGAAGCAAAAGAGAAAGGAACCUGGGUUCAACUGAAGCGCCAGCCUGCUCCACCCAGAGAAGCCCACUUUGUGAGAACCAAUGGCAAGGAGCCUGAGCUGUUGGAACCUAUUCCCUAUGAAUUCAUGGCAUAAUGGAUGUAAAAAUAUAUAAAAUAAAAGGUCAAGACCGCCGUACUAUAAAACUGUUUCUGUUAAUUGAGUAGAAGUGUGAUGUCCCCUCCCCCAAAGAAAUACUGGAAGCAAA